GGGCCGAGCAGGGCGGCCUUUGUUAAGCAGCGAGGGCGCGGCCGCAGGAACUCUUCUGCCGGCUUCUGCGAGUGGGGCUGGGCGACCAGAGUGGGGUCGAGAUGUCCUACAUUCCGGGCCAGCCGGUCACCGCCGUGGUGCAAAGAGUUGAAAUUCACAAGCUGCGUCAAGGUGAGAACUUAAUCCUGGGCUUCAGCAUUGGAGGUGGAAUCGACCAGGAUCCUUCCCAGAAUCCCUUCUCGGAAGACAAGACAGACAAGGGCAUUUAUGUCACACGGGUGUCCGAAGGAGGCCCUGCUGAAAUCGCUGGGCUGCAGAUUGGAGACAAGAUCAUGCAGGUGAACGGCUGGGACAUGACCAUGGUCACACAUGACCAGGCCCGGAAGCGGCUCACCAAGCGCUCGGAGGAGGUGGUACGCCUGCUGGUGACCCGGCAGUCCCUGCAGAAGGCCGUGCAGCAGUCCAUGCUGUCCUAGCAGCCGCCACCGCCUGCGACUCAUGCCUGCUGCCUCUUUGAACAGUAACACCACUUCCACACUCGGUCCCCAUCCUGGCUUCUGCUGAGCACUGGGCCUCAGCUCAGAAGGGCAACAGCUGAUCUCAGAGGCCCAUCCCCGGCUUGGGGCCUCUGGGACCAGCUUUCUUCCCUGGACACGCCUGGAGCUGAGUGGUAGCUGGUCUGCUGUGACCACAGGCUCAGGCCUGACCCUGCUGCCCGGCCACAGCAGUGGGUGGGCAAGUGGGAACCACCUCCUCUUGGGAGCUGCCAAAGCUGGGAAAUGUGGGGGUGGAGGGCCUUUCCCAGUUUGUCCAGGCUGCAGAGAACGGCUCCAUCCCCCACCCUUGUGUGUCCACCUCUACCCCCCAGUGCCUCUGCCCAUUAGGGCACUGGCCACACAUCCCGCCAGAGGAGCUAUGAAGGUUCACCUAACAGGAGCCAGGCAGCUCCUGCUUACUCCCACUCCCCCAGGGGUGCUGGCCUCCCCAGGGUUCACCUUCUUACAAAAUUAGCUGACAUUUCAGGGCAGCUCAGGAUUGCCAUUUUCCUCUUUGCCUGUGGGUUUAACUUUUGUAUUUUUUUUAAUCACAAGUUUGAUAGAAAAAUAUUUUUAUCAUACUCUUCGACACCCAUUCUGCUUUUGAAUGUAGCUUACUGAUCAUGUCUGCACACUUGGAAGUGCGCAGCCUGACUCCGUUACUGUGGAAGUCACUGCCGCCCUCCCCAACAUCACAUGCUCAAUAAACAGUGCUAGAAUUCA